AUGCCUCCCAAGCCUCUUCGAACCAUCGCGGCGAGCCCAAGGGUCGUCUCCCUCCUCGACAAGCUGCAUCAGCAGUCGCAGGCGCAGGAAAGCACCCUAUCGAUGUACGCUUUCUGGAUAGGAUACCUACUCAAGUCAUUUUUCCUUGGCAAUUUCUGGUCUCAGAAGAACGACGACUACAUGCGGGACAAGUUCAUCGCACUAGAGCGGGAGAAAUGUGAAUUCAUCUACCUCCUUGCCCGAGCGACUGGGGCACGCAAUAUCGUCGAGGCAGGCACCAGCUUCGGAGUGUCAACAACGUAUCUGGCUCUAGCUGCGGGUCAGAAUGCGCAAACUCAACCCGGCGAAUGCGAUACCAAGGUCGUUGCAACAGAAAAGGAGCCUAACAAGGCAGCAAAGGCGAGAGAGCAUUGGAAAGAUGCAGGUGAGGAGGUUGAGCCCUAUAUUACGCUACUGGAAGGGGAUUUGUUGGAUACACUGCCGGUGGAACUGGACAUAUGGACACCACUUGCCCUUCCCACGCUACAGCUGGUACAGCCUAAAUUGCGUCCGGGGGCAGUGAUCAUCACCGAUCUGACACAAGUCGCGAAGGGUCUUUACAAGGAACUCUUGGAAUACAUUUAUGACCCCAAGAAUGGCUUUCGGACGAUGACUACUCCAUUUAACGGGGGAUUAGAGGUGACUGUAUAUUUACCCGAAUAG